CCGCAUCAGAUCGCGAUGCCCGGUCAGUCCUCGACCAUCUGAUGUUACCUUGAUCCCGGUGACCCCGGCGACUGGCGUACAGUACGGCGGCUCAAGUUGGUCUUGGUGGUACUGUACGGAUACCGAGUCGGUUUGCUUUCCUUUCUUUUACUACUUCUUCUUCUACUUCUGCCUCUCUUCUGCUCCUUCUUCCUCUCACUCACUUUCACCACUAUCCUCAAGAAACAGACCUCUAUCCACCAUAACCUUCUCUUGCCUCCCUCUGUCUCUAUCUCUUCUCCCUCUCUCUCUCUCUCUCUCACCCCCCCCCCAAUUGUUGUAGUGGCCGUGCCUCAGAAUAAGAGAUGGGCCACAAAGGAGAUGGCUCCCCCGACACGCCUGUCGAGAAACAAUACGCCACGGACUUAUUCACGGCCGAGGAGAAUGUUGAGCCUAUACCGGGUGACAAUGAGCUUCAUCGUGCCCUCAAAGCCCGGCACAUUACCAUGAUCGCCAUUGGGGGUGCCAUUGGUACGGGCCUCAUCAUCGGAACAGGAUCCGCUCUCGCAAAGGCUGGUCCUGCCUCCAUCCUUAUAUCCUACUCCGUCGUUGGUUUUAUCGUCUAUCUCGUCAUGUGCGGUCUUGGGGAGAUGGCUGCCUGGUUGCCUCUGUCCUCUGGUUUUACAGGCUAUGCCGUGCGGUUCUGUGACCCGGCGCUCGGCUUUGCCCUUGGUUGGACAUACUGGUUCAAAUACAUCAUUGUCACGCCCAAUCAACUCACUGCUGGCGCUCUCGUCAUCUCAUACUGGAUCCAUCCAGACCGAGUGAACGCGGGUGUCUGGAUCACUGUAUUCCUCGUCCUCAUCGUAAGCAUCAACUAUUUCGGUGUGCGCUUCUUUGGCGAGUUCGAAUUCUGGCUGUCCUCGUUCAAGGUCAUUGUCAUCCUGGGGAUCAUUCUACUGUCGUUUAUCCUAAUGCUUGGUGGUGGUCCCGAUCACGACCGCAAAGGCUUCCGCUACUGGAAAGAUCCUGGCGCAUUUAAUACCUACAUCGACGAUGGCGCUGCCGGCCGCUUCUACGCCUUCUGGGCGACUAUGGUCUCCGCCACCUUCGCCUAUCUAGGCACUGAACUCGUCGGUGUCACCGUUGGCGAGGCCGAGAACCCCCGCAAGACCAUCCCCCGCGCCAUAAAACUCACCUUCUUUCGCAUUGUCGUCUUCUACGUUGUCUCCGUCCUCCUGGUCGGUACCCUUGUGCCAUACAACUCCAAAGAGCUCAUUUUUGCCACCAAUCAGUCCAGCUCCGCCGCUGCCUCUCCUUUUGUCGUUGCUGUUAAGCUUGCGGGAAUCCCUGUCCUACCUCACAUCCUCAACGCCUGCAUCCUCCUUUUCGUCUUCUCGGCCGCUAACUCCGACCUAUAUAUCGCUACCCGAACGAUUUACGGCCUCUCCAAAGAAGGAAAAGCACCUUCCUUCCUCUCAAAGACCGACAGCCGCGGUGUCCCCGUCUAUGCGCUGAUCCUGUGUUCGUCCAUCGCCUGCAUCGCCUAUAUGAACGUAUCCAGCGACUCCAAAACGGUCUUCCGCUACUUUGUGGACCUAGUCACGAUCUUCGGCCUCCUAACCUGGAUUUCGCUUCUAGUGACACAUAUAUACUUUGUCCGUGCAAGACAAGCCCAGAAUGUCCCACUCUCCGAUCUCGCUUACCGUGCUCCGCUGGGAUCCCCGGGCUCCUAUGUCGCCCUCGCCUUCUGCAUUCUCAUCUGUCUAACAAAAAGCUAUGACUGCUUCACGCACAACAAGAAAUGGGGGAACUUUGACUAUAAGACCUUCAUUACCGCGUACCUGGGCAUUCCACUGUAUUUGAUCCUGAUUUUUGGAUAUAAGCUCGCGACCAAAUGCAAGGGCGUGAAUCCGUAUGAGGCAGAUCUGUGGACAGGCAAGGACGUCGUGGAUCGAGAGGAAGAGGCGUAUGCUCGACGCAGAGCCAUGAUGGAAGAGAAGCAUGAGAGGGCAGGAUGGUUCUAUCGGAAGUUUGUAUCGUGGCUGUUUUAAACCCCUUUGAUUGGUUUGCGAAGCGCGCUAGCGCUAUGGGAAACUUUACGUUAGGUCCUGCUUUGAGAAGUACUAUAAUUCAACCGGAAAAUAUAUAUAUAAGAAAUUCUGCCUUCUUUAUUA